AAGCAAGUCAACAAGUUCACAAGGCAAUGUUAGCUCUACUUUUAUCUUCAUUUACUCUCUUAUCUCUUAAUCAGCCAGGAAUCUCUUUGCAACAGCGUCAGCAAACGCAAUCCUUUUUGCUUCCAAACCAGUGCAAUGACAAAUGUGGCAAUUUACACAUACCAUUUCCAUUUCAUUUGAACACUUCUUGUGCCUCAGUUUCCAAUGCUUUCCAUCUUUCUUGCUUGAAUUCCACUACCCUUUACCUCCACAUUGGCAUUGAAAGCUACGGAAUACUCGAGUUCUUCCCUGAUGGUAUACUGGUAGACUUUCCUGGAAGCUCCACCUGUCGUCAGUACAACGACUUGAAUGCUUUUGGUUUUGCAGGAAAUGACUACUUUGGUAUUUCCGGCGACAAUGUUAUAGGUUUAUAUGAUUGUGAAGACUCUUCUUUGUGUAAAGCAGAUUGUGAAACAACCGACUUGCCUGGUUGUGAUGGCAACAGUGGUGGAUCCCUGGCAUGCUGUUAUUCGCUUUCUGAUCAUACCAUUUGGCAUUAUGGAGAUGGGUUUUCGAGUUUUUCCAAGUUUGGAUGCAGAGGAUUUUCGUCGUGGGUGGUUCCCCGUGGAACCAACACAGGGGAGCGCGGGGUUAAGCUGGAGUGGGCAAUUCCUAGAAAUACAUCUGGAGGAGUUUGUGCUAGCAAUGCAGAUGUUGUCAAUGCCACGACAGUUGAAGCAGGAGUCAGGUGCUCUUGUCAGGAUGGGUUUGUCGGUGAUGGAUUUGCAAAUGGAGCUGGAUGCUUGAAGUCCUGCAUCAAGGAGGGGCAAGAAGUGUAUGGUGAGGAAUGUGACAGUCGAAGACAUAGUCAAAGGAAACUUGUAAUUGUAGCCGGUGUUCUUGCUGCAGCUUUCAUCCUUGCCUCCUUAUUCUUAUUCCUCUGCAUACUGAAACGGCCUGUUAAACCAGGUGCAUUUUUAGACCAAGCUCAUUUCCAUAGUACCAUCUCAUUCCGGAAAGCUUGUGGGACUAGAUUGUUCAGUUACCGAGAGCUAGAGGAAGCAACCAGAGUAUUUGAAGAUGGUCAGAAGCUUGUAGACGGCACAAAUGGCACAAUUCAUGCUGGGGUCCUUGGGGAUGGUUCACAUAUAGCUGUGCAGAAGGUACAGUGUGAUAAUGAAAGAGACCUAAUUCAUGUCCUAUCCAUAAUUGAGCUUUUAUCUGCAGUUUUACAUAGGAAUUUAGCCCGACUCCUUGGAUGUUGUAUCGACUCUGGUUACAGCUUAAUGGUGGUCUAUGAAUAUCCUGCUAAUGGCACCUUGGAGGAACAUCUACAACAUAGCAGAGGACAAAAAUUUGGUCUUGACUGGUAUAAGAGGCUGAGCAUCGCUGCUGAAACUGCAAGCGUCCUAGCAUACUUGCAGCAUGAGAUUUCUCCACCUAUCUUUCAUCAUGGCCUCAAAUCGUCAGGCCACAUCUUUCUUGAUGCGGAUUUCUCAGUUAAGGUUGCUGGGUUUGCACUGCUUAGCUCUAGCCUUGGAGAUGGUUCUGAUUUAUGCAACAACUACGAAAACCCCCAUAUUCACAAAAACGAUGUUUAUGACUUUGGUCUCUUAUUGUUAGAGAUAAUUUCAGGCUCCAAAUAUUCAGACAUGCCAUCAGUAGCCUUGCAAAAAAUUAAAAGUGGCAAGAUAGAAGAAAUAGUGGAUCCAUCUCUUUACUACCAUGAGCAGCCUAUUUUUCGUAGAGAGCAAAUAGAAAUAGUUGCAGACAUAGCAACCAGGUGCUUAUUGUUUGGUGGUGAUGGCAAAAUUGGAAUGUUUGAUGUUGCAAGGGAGCUGGUGCACAUUGCAAAAGAAAGCAUUGAUGGAGGAAGUAAGAGGGGACCUGCAUUGGAAGAAACAUUUUCAAAUUCAAGUCUGCUUCAGAUGAUAUCCAUGUCUCCUGACUCCAUACAUGUGCCUUGAAUUGCACCUGUUGAUAAAACCAGCCUGUCAGGAAUGUCGCUUAGUCCACAUCACCUGCAAGUAUGAUAAGUUUACCUGCAUUAACAUCUGAUUCUGUCUGUAAAAAUUUAUGUACAUCUAGUGGACUGUGAACUUGUUUUGAGGAUUUACGUGCUGCUGGUUCUACGUAAUGUAUCACUAGCAUGA